UCUCCCCUCUCCUCUCGCUGCUCCUCCGCCUCUACCUCAGUCCAGGACAAGCUGAAGAUGCGGGCCUGGAAAGCCGUGGCCGGCACACUGGCCUUCACGGGCGUGGACGUGACGGUGACCACGUGGCUGUACGAACGCAGCCGUGGCACCGGCAGCAGCAUCCUGCAGGACCUGAAGCACUUCAACGUCUUUGACUCCAUGCUGGACAUCUGGGGCGUCUGCGUGUACAGGAGCUGCCUGCUCUUGGGCGCGGCCAUCGGCGUCGCCAGAAACACCAGCCACGGCCCCAGGCGGCUGAAAGGGGCGCGGAUCUUUAUCACGCUGGUCUGCCUGGCGGCAGGGAUUUAUGCCUUGGUCAAGCUGCUGCUCUACUCGGAAGUGAGGAAGACCAUCAAAGACCCGUGGUUCUGGAGUCUGCUUGCCUGGACCUACGUGUCGCUGGGGGCCACGUUCUCCUUGUGGCAGCUGCUGUCCUCUGUGCGGCCUUCCAGGGAGACCCUGGGCGUGAAUUCCGAAUCGAGGACGGAAGCGGAAGACACGGGCGAGGCGGGCGCUCCGGAGAAUAGGGAGGAGGCCUCGGCAGCCACCAUCUGCAGGCUCCUGUCCCACACCAAGCCGGACGCCCCCUUGCUUGCCGUGGCCGCCUUCUUCCUCCUCGUUGCUGCUUUGGGAGAAACGUUCCUGCCCUACUACACAGGCCGAGCCAUUGACGGAAUAGUGAUCCAGAAGAGCAUGGACCAGUUUUCCACGGCGGUAGCGAUCAUGGCCCUUCUAGCCAUAGGAAGCUCAUUUGCCGCAGGUAUCCGGGGCGGCGUCUUCACCCUCGUGUUCGCUCGGCUAAACAUCCGGCUUCGCAACAACCUCUUCCGGUCGCUGGUCACGCAGGAGAUGAGCUUCUUUGACGAAAAUCUCACUGGCGACAUUAUUUCCCGGCUGACUUCCGACACAACCAUCGUGAGCGACCUGGUCUCUCAGAACAUCAACAUCUUCCUGCGCAACGUGGUCAAGGCCACGGGCGUCAUCAUUUUCAUGUUCAGCCUCUCCUGGCAGCUCUCCAUGGUGACCUUCAUGGGCUUCCCCAUCAUCAUGCUCAUGUCGGAUCUUUACGGGAAAUACUACAAGAAGCUCUCCAAAGAAGUCCAGAAUGCUCUGGCGAAAGCCAACAACACUGCCGAGGAGACCAUCUCCGCCAUGAAGACCGUCCGUAGCUUUGCCAACGAGGCGGCGGAGGCCGACGUCUACUGGGGCAAAUUGCAGCAAGUUUACAAGCUCAACAAGAAGGAAGCCAGCGCGUACACGUACUAUGUGUGGUCCAGCGGGCUCACCCUCCUUAUCGUCCAAGUCAGUAUCCUGUACUACGGAGGCCACCUGGUGAUCUCCGAGCGGAUGACCAGCGGGAACUUGAUCUCCUUCAUUAUUUAUGAAUUUGUCCUGGGAGACUGCAUGGAGUCCAUUGGCUCGGUCUACAGCGGCCUGAUGCAGGGAGUUGGCGCGGCCGAAAAGGUCUUUGAGUUCAUAGAUCGCCAGCCGGCCCUGGUGAGCGAUGGGACCCUGGCUCCCCACCAGCUGGAAGGCCGAGUGGAGUUCCGGAAUGUCACCUUCGCCUACCGCACCCGACCCGCCACCCGCGUCUUACAGAAUGUCUCCUUCACGCUCCAUCCUGGGAAAGUGACGGCGCUGGUGGGUCCCUCGGGCAGCGGGAAGAGCUCCUGCGUCAACAUCAUGGAAAACUUCUACCCCCUCCAAGACGGGCAAGUCCUGCUGGACGGGCAGCCCAUGAACAUGUACGAGCACAAGUACCUGCACUCAGUGAUCUCCUUGGUGAGCCAAGAGCCGGUUCUCUUUGCUCGAUCUAUUGCAGAAAACAUUUCCUACGGCUUGGCCUCUGUCCCUUAUGAGUCGGUCGUCCAGGCUGCCAGAAAGGCCAACGCCCACACCUUUAUUACGGACUUGCAAGAUGGCUACCACACAGAAGCGGGAGAAAAGGGGACCCAACUCUCUGGUGGCCAGAAGCAGCGGGUGGCCAUCGCCAGGGCGCUGAUCAGGAGCCCCCCCAUCUUGAUCCUGGAUGAAGCCACGAGUGCCCUGGAUGCAGAGAGCGAACAUGCGAUUCAGAGGGCCAUCUACGGAGACGUCCAGAGCCACACGGUGCUGGUCAUAGCCCACCGGCUGAGCACUGUGGAGAAAGCGCACAACAUCGUUGUCCUCGACAAGGGCCGCGUGGUGCAGCAGGGGACGCACGAGCAGCUCAUGGAAGAAGGCGGCCUCUACCAGAAGCUAGUGCAGCGCCAGAUCCUGGGCAUGGGGGACGGCGGCCAGCCGGGCAGCAGUGGGGCUGGCGUCCGGAAGGAGUCCCCGGAGGCGGGGCUGGCCGAAGCGUUCCGGCUGUAGGGGCGCCUGGGCUCGGCCACGUUGAGCCGGGGGCGGGGGGCAGCCUGUCGGAGGUGACAGAGCUGAGGAGGACCCCCACCCCCGUUGGAAUCCUCCCCUUCCCAACGGAAGCGUCCUCCUCUUCAGCGCAGCCUCUCCAGUGUUUCCGCUGUGAUGGGAUGCUUGUUUACAGCAGGGGGCGCUGCUCAAAAAGGGAGCCGGUGGGCCAACCGUUCCCCCCCCCCCCCCCCCCGGCUGUCCUCCUCCACUGAA